GUUUGAUCCCAGAGGGACCUCGCGCUUUACAUUCCUGGCAUUCCGGCCCGAGUCCCUCCUCGGUUACUUAUUAUCGCCUCCUGCUCCCUUUCUCUCCACACAGAGGAGCGCGCAGCCCGGCCGCGAGGACCCGCACGAGACACGUCGGACCCGCGAGGACCGAGGGGGGAGACACGCGCACACCACGACUCAUGGAAAUAGAGGAAUUAUUCUGACUCGUUUUGCCCUUUACGUUGAUAUCGGGGACGUUUCGUUACGAUGAGAACGUGAGCUGGUUGGCAGCCGAUUUACAUAACAAAACAUUUUAAAAAUAAGAAAGAGUUUGACUGUUCCCGUAGAGAAGAUCCCAGCGUACACAAAGCAUUAUGUCGUCCACCGAGGAGCCGUCUGGCACGGUCCUGCACCGGCUCAUCCAGGAGCAGCUUCGCUACGGAAACCCCACGGACACCCGCACCUUAUUGGCCAUCCAGCAGCAGGCCCUGCGCGGAGGCAGCGGGAGCGGACCCAGCAGCGGAGGCGACCUGGGCAGGAGCCCGCGGUCCUCUUUGGAGAGCCUCACCCAGGAGGAGCCCCCGUUCCCUCAGCUCUCGGCCAGGCAGGAGCCCCAGGGCCAGGAGCACCAGGGCGACUACCAGCACUCGGAAAGCGGCUACCAGCUCCACCAGCUGCACGGGGAGGAGCUGCCCACGUAUGAGCAGGCCAAGGUGCACUCUCAGUAUCUGGCCUCCCACUGGGCCCCUGCGAGCCCCACGGGGCAGCUCCGCGAUGGGCCCCUGCAUGAGGGGGCCUUCCACGAGGAGGCAGAUCUAAUGGGGCUGAAGUGCAGCCACGUGCGGUCGCUCAGUGAGCACUGCAUGCAGAUAUCUCUGGAGAGGAAUGAUCUGGCUGCUAAAGCAGAGGCCGUCAAGAGCGCCUCUCACAGCUACCCGGAGCUGGCUUACUACACGCCGCAAGGCCUCCAGAGCGCCAGCCAGGGCAAGCGCACCCCGCCUCCCGAGUACUCUGCCCCCAUCCAGGGCCACGGAUUCAUCCCUCACCAGGUCCAGGAGCCGACGCAGGCGCAGCAGCACAGGUACGUCCAGUCGGGUCAGCCAGCUGAAGUGCCCUGCUACAGCACCUUCACCAGCCUUUCACCCGCUGGCUUGGAGGAGCCCAACCAGGUGGAGCUGCUGCUGAUGGAGAACGAGAGGCUGAGGCAGGAGCUGGAAGCACACCGGGAAAAGACCGGCCGUAUUCAGAAGUUGGAGCAGGAGAUCCAGCGUAUUUCGGAGGCUUAUGAGACGCUGAUGCAGGGCAGCUGUAAGAGGGAAAACCUGGAGCAGACGCUGAGGAGGAGGCUGGUGGCUGAGAUCAGGAGGCUGCAGGACUUCAACAGAGACCUCAGAGAGAACCUGGAGAAUGCCAGAACGCACGUCGCAAAGGAAGUCGAAGCCGCCGACCACAACCAGCAUAUCAUGGCAAAGCUCCUUGAACAGAACGAAGAGCAGAACUCUGAACGGGAGCGCGUGGAGCGGGAGCUGGAUCGACUUCGAUCCGCCGCGGAGGAGCAGGGCCUGAGGUCAAAGCGACUCGAGGAGGCCCUGGACGCCGCUCGCGGACGGGGUCGGCAGCUCGAGGAGGAGCUGAGGAGGAAGAGGGCCUACGUGGAGAAAGUGGAGAGACUUCAGAGUGCGUUGGCCCAGCUGCAGUCCACCUGUGAGAAGAGGGAGACCCUGGAGAUGAAGCUGAGGACACGACUGGAGCAGGAGCUACGGAGUCUGAGGGCACAACAGAGGCAGUCCCAGCCACCAGGAGUGACCAUGGGCUCCCUCCAAGAGCGCCUGCGUGAGCGCGAGGAGCGAAUCCUGGCCCUGGAGGCCGACAUGGUGCGCUGGGAGCAGAAGUACCUGGAGGAGAGCACCAUGAGGCAGUUUGCAAUGGAGGCGGCUGCCACGGCCGCCGCCCAGAGGGACACCACGAUCAUUAACCACUCGCCUUGCCACUCCUCUAACAACAGCUUCAACGAGGACCUGCCGGCGGCCGACUACAGGAACCAGGAGAUGGAGAAUAGGAUUCGCGCUCUCUACGCUCAGAUCUUGGAAAAGGACGCCGUCAUCAAGAUCCUCAACCAGCGGCUGCAUCAGGACCAGGGGGGGAAGGACGAGCAAAGUCCCCGCACAAACCUCCUGAACACAGCGGUGGGCCACCUCCGACCGGCCGCGUCCAACCCCUCCGUCGGCGCCGUCAGCGGUAACGCGCGGAGUAGCGGUAAGCGCCUUUCAGAUGAUCAGACUUUGCCAACCUGUCAGUUCUCCACUCCGUCUGAGCCUGGAACUCUGGAACGGCGGAAGGAGGGAACGAAAGCCGAGGAGGCUGCCAGCACGAGUAAGCUCAGCAGUGACAAAGCCGUGCCCAAGAAGUUGCCCGUAAACCCCUUCAGAGGCCUGGAUGAGCUGGAGUCGGAGGCGGUGGAAAUCUUCAUUUAAAGAACCCAGAGGCGGAUUUCAAAUGAGGGGAAGAACAAAACAAUUGUGAGAAUCUGUGAAGAGUGCAAGUCUUUGAAUUGAGAGUGGAGUAAAUAUUGGAUGCAAGAAUAUUGUGGAAGAGACCAAAGCACAAACGAACAUGAGCGUAUUGACGUUUUGGAGAAAGAGCUGUGCUCCGACUCCCUCCCUCUCACUAAGCUGGACAGCUGCAGGCGGUCCGCCCAGCCGGAAGACAAAAGACUAAUCUUCUGAGGUACUGGACUUUAUUGUGGAUUGUAGUAGGGCAACUGAGAGUCCAUGCUAAAAUACUUGUUUAUAUAUAUAUAUAUAUAUAUAUAUAUAUAUAUAUAUAUAUAUUAUAUAUAUAAUUGCUACAUACAAUUGCUGCUCCCCAUCUUAUUCCCCCCUUCGUCUUGGUCUCCCAACCCAGUGAAAUGAGAAGUUACAUGUUUAACCAACCUGGUUUCCACAUUCCCCAAAUAUUAUCUUAAGCGUCAAGCUCUUCAAUAAAAGGUUUAUCUGUGUGACCUCCAUUCCCCUCCGCUCCCAAAAAACACCCAAUCUGAGGAACCUCAUUCCCAUCAAACGGAUCUUAUCUGUUCGAAUAAUUUAAGCUUGUAACUCGUGUAACACUGCUGAUUCGCUCUCACUGUCCGUGUCUCCUGAGCUUGAGUAGCUCUGCCGAGGCUCGGAAACCGAUGCAGACACGCCGUUGUUUGUCUUUGCAUCAUCGUGUUGAUUUCAUCAACGGUUGUUCUGAGGACUUUUUCCUUCUCUAUGUAUGUUUGCGUGUGUGAUUACAGCAUGUGAUUGUGUUUCCUGCUGCGGGGGUCCUGCUGGCCGGGGCUCCACAGCGGGAUGCAAGUUGAAAACUACGCCUACGUGUUGUUGUUUUUUUGUGUACUGUGAGCUUCGAACUAACAAACAUGUUAAUUAUUAUUAUUAUUAUUAUUAAUAUUAUAAUAUUUUAUACAGAUGUUUGUAUUGUUGUUGUAGAUAUGAUGUGAGUGCUUUGAGCCGGCUGCCAAAGAGUUUUAUGUGUGUCCGUUGUAAGUUAUGUGCCGACAAUCGCGGUCAUGUCAAGCUGUACACAACCAACCAAGUGUUGACUUAAAACAGACAUUUCUGUGAACUUCAAACAAUAUGAAGGUUUCGUACAGUUGAAUUCAUGCAACAUUUCAUAAAGCAAUAAAAUAUUCUAAUAUAAAUGAA